AUGGCUCGUUUACGUCUCCAACCUUGCCAUGCACCUCGAGUUAUGGUGUCUUGGGAGCAAAUGCAGCAGGAUAAAAAACAGAAGCGGAAGAAACUCGGUGCUCUUGCUCUUAUCUGUGCCUCUGCUGCCUAUGUUGCCAUUACAGGCCACCCUGCCAAAGAACCUGUUCCGAUGUACACAUCUAUUCUCACAGGACAGUGCUGGCUUGACGAGCUCUUGAAAGGUCAUCCAUUACGGUUUCAGCAGCAACUUGGAGUGACCAAGGAAGUUUUUUGCCAGCUGUUGCUGGAACUGCAGUUAUUCUACAGUCUGACUGACUCAAAAUACGUGACUGCAGAUGAGCAACUAGCCAUGUUCCUCUACUUCGCCAGUACAGGAUCAACUUUCUGA